AUGGCUGAAUCAGAAAUAGAUCCUGACAUUUUGUCAGAAAUAACUGAUAAUUUUUAUGAUAAAGAGCCCUUUGGUGAUUUUCAACUGGUGCAAUCAAAUGAGAGAUUAUUCAGAGAAGUAGACCCUGAUAAUUUUUUGGAAAUUAAUGAGAAUGUCAAUACUAAAAAGAAGACCAUGUAUGACAUGAAACUUGUUAAUGCCUUCCUUAUGUCAAAAAAUGAAACAAGACUGGUGCAGUUUAUACCUCCUGAUGAAUUAAACAGCCAUCUCUGUAAUUUCAUCCUGGCAGUUACCAAAAAUGAUGGUUCCGAGUAUGAACCCACUACCCUUCGAGGGUUCUUAGGAUCAGUUGAUAGGCAUUUACGGAGUGUUGAUAGCCCUGUGUCAAUCUUUCGGGAUAAAGAAUUUUCUAAAACAAGAGCAGUCUUAAAAAGGAAACAACAAGAGUUAAAAAAGAUUGGACUGGGAAAUAAGCCAAAAGCAGCAGAAACGCUUGAUGAAUGGAUGAUUUCGAAAAUGCAUGAAGCCGGAACACUUGGAACAAAAAAUCCACGAGCUCUUCUCCAUUCCAUGUGGUUUAUAUGUACAACAUACUUUGGUAUGAGAACCGGAAAAGAAAUCCAUCAACUUUGCUGGGGUGAUAUAAAACUCAGUUUGGAUGAAGUCAGUGGCACUGAAUACAUAAUCCUCGACACAGAAAGACAAACCAAGACCAGAACUGGGGAAAAUCCCAGAAAUAUACGGGCUGUGAAACCAAGGGCUUAUGAAAAUCAAGAGAAUCCAGAGAGCAAUCCUGUAUACAUUUACAAGGUUUUCGCUUCUAAAAGGCCAGUUGAGAUGUGCACUGAUGGAAGUCCAUUUUUCCUGACACCUGGAACUAAGUCUACUAAAUGCUGGUUUAAAAAGUGUGCAAUGGGUAUCAACUCAAUAUACAGCAUAAUGAAUGAAAUGAAAAAAGACGCAGGAAUUGAUAAUCCUAGAAUCACACCAUACAGUUCAAGAAAGCGACUUAUUCAGAAAUUAAGUGAUGAUGGUGUUCCAGCAAACCAAAUAAUGCAGAUUUCAGGGCAUAAGAAUGUAAAUAGUAUCAAUAACUACAGUAAACUUAACCCAGAUCAAAGCAGACAAAUAUCAGACAUCCUGUCCAACAAAUCUACAUGUACCAAUGCAAUCAGUUUGGUAAGACCUCCCACAGAUACUGCGAGCAAUCCAGCCUCAGCGUUAGAACUUACUCAUGGUGCUGCAACUAAUUUGAAUGGAAAUUUCCCACCCGGUUUUUUCAUAAAUUCAAAUAUACAUGGAAAUGUUAUUAUAAAUAUGGGAAGCAAGACGGAAAGUCAACAGCUAUCGCAAACAAAUCAUCUUCAAUAUUCAGGUCAUCACACACCUAGCCCAGCAUCAUCAAAUAUUGAAAGUCCACGCCAGAGGCCAUUUAAACGAAUUAGAUAUGUUGUAGAUAGUGACAGUGACUGA